AAUUCUCCAGGAAUCGACAGAGCGGCAGCUCUAUCGGCUCCUGGCUCAGAAGCUCGUACUCUGUAAUCUGUGCUCGUACUCGAGGUAGCGCGCGAGUGUUCGAAUCAAUUCAGUCUACCAAUCUCGCGAAUUAUAAUAAUAUGAGGGAAUCGGACCGUGGCGAUUUGAAAGAGCCGAGAUCGGAAUUUGGCGCCGUGGAAAUGAACAAUAAUAGGGAGAAUAAUAACAGUUCGAAUAGGAGGAUGUUCGAUUCUAACGAAUCUUUGAUUAGUGGGGUAUCCAGCGUGGCGGCUUGCUCAGGUGAAGACUGUUCAUCCAGGAGAUCUUCGGAGGAGUUCGACUCCAGAGGGGAUAUCUUUGACUUUCCAGAAUACAAUAGAGAAGAGAGAUCGCAUUCAUGUUCCGGACUGAGUGAGGAAUUGAACGAUAUAGAACCUGUAGAAAUAUUCCCUAGUUUACCUGAUAAUGUCUUGGAAGAAAUGGGACUCACAAGGGAGCAAGCAAGGAAACUGCAAACAGAAGAUGAACUCGAACAGAAAUUCGCCACCCUCUCGCUGGCCUUCUCCAUCGACUCCAACACCAUAACAGACAGAUGCGAGCGGCAGAAGAGGUACAGAAACCAGACGGAAGACAACCUAGCCAAAGAAAUCGAAAGACUGACGCAACGGGUGAACAAAUUGACGAAGUUGUGCGUGAACAUGGAAACGACGGAACUCUUGGCUUCGCUGCUGGCGCAGAUAGAUGUCGUGACGAACGCUUCUGCCUUAGCAGCGUCUUCUGCUGAGCGAUACGGGGCCGUGCAGCACGAGCAGAGGCUGGCGGACGCGGUCCAGCUGAUGAUCAAUCACGUGAACACCUUGAAGCAGCAGAGAGAUCUCAGCCGGAAGCAGCUUCAAUACACGAAAAAUUUCAGUCCUUUUUCUCCUCCUGGCCCUGGUGAAUCAUCUGUAUCGACGCCACUGCAUUAUAUAUGCAGAUCUUCUGAUCCACGUCGAAGAAAAAUGCUCCAGGGUUCAAGUUCAAAGACAGACCUCCUUUCGAAGGAUGAUAAAGGAUCUCAACACCAUCAUUUCUCAACGAAGAGAAGAGCCAGCAUAUCACUGGCAAUGCUUCAAGAACAGAGAAAUUCGGAAAAGAAUUUCUUGAGGAGGACUUCUGAGUUAGUUUUCCGGACAAGUGCUACGCAGAAGUUGGCUAAGCCUAGUCGGAUGGACUUGGGCGUUGAUCUGAACAAAAUCAAAGAAGGAAUGGUGGACGAGAACAACUAUGACUUUUCUGAUUCACAAAGUGAAAAAAACGCAACAGGCUGUGAUGAUUCCGACGAACCUAAUGAAACCAAAGAACAAAUUGAGAAGAGAAUACAACCCGAGAAUUUCCUGAAUUUCCUUCAGCGGAAAGUUGGACGGACGUACAAAAAUUGGAGUGAUGAAGGAUGUCUAUCGCAAAUUUUUUACAUUUGUGCUGUUCUUUGUUUUUGUUUUGCUUUGAUAGUUAUGUCAGAUGUUUUAUUCGAACUGCAGCUUUCCAAAAGAUGACGUUUUGUAUAGGAGUGUAGAAGGUGUUCGAAUAAAGUUUGUUACGUUAUA